GCUUCACCACGUCAGUGGCGGUAGGAGGCUAAACGGCUACCUUAGCUAGGUUAGAGUUUGUUUAGAGAGGUCCACAGUGUUUCUUUGUUGGGGUAAACUGAGGGCGUAAAAAUGUGAUAUCUCGCUGGUUUGAGUUCCCCAAAAAUGACCUCGCUGUCAUCAUCCCUGCACCCGGGGUCCAGCUCAGCAUGCAGAGCCCUGCCAGGGGAUGGCAGUCAGCAGGUCCAGCCCAAAGCUCCUCUGCUGCAGAUUCUUCGGGUCGCAGGAGCUCAAGAGGAGGUGUUUACUCUAAAGGAGGUCAUGCACUACCUUGGCCAGUACAUCAUAACAAAGGAGCUAUACGAUAAACAAAGACAGCAUAUAGUUCACUGUCAAGAUGACCCUCUUGGAGAGCUGCUGGAGGUGGAGAGCUUCUCUGUUAAGAACCCCAGCCCAGUGUAUGAGAUGCUGAAGAAGAAUUUGUUUAUUUUGAACUGCUCAGACGCUGAAAAGAAUCUUUCAAUCGGCAAGGAUUCUAAUGAGUCUCCAUGUGAAGAUCCCGGUCAGGUGUCUAGCAGAAUGUGUAGCUCAAGCCAGGUCUUCAGUGCCGCCGGUGCCAAUCCCUGCACCACACAGAACUCCUCACAGCGCAGACCACGCGACGCAGAUGAUGACUCUUUAGAUGGGCUGCCGAGGUCAGCCUGCAAGCGGCCAAAGCUGGAUGUGAGCCUUGACGAGUGGGACUUGUCCGGUCUGCCCUGGUGGUUUCUGGGAAACCUGCGCAGUAACUACACCCGCAGGAGCAACGGCUCAACAGAUAUCCACACCAAUCAAGUCUCUCUCGGGCAGGAGGAGGACACGGCCAUCGUAUCGGACACUACAGACGACCUGUGGUUCCUGAACGAGGCGGAGAGCGAGCAGGUGAGCGUGGAGAUGAAGGAGGCAGCACUGGAGCAGGGCAGUGACGCAGAGUCUCCUCAGGAGGAAGAAGAGCAAGCGAGGGAGGGCAAAGAGGACAAGGAGAUGCAGGAGGACUUGGAUGAUGACUCUCAGUGUUUAAGUGAUGACACAGACACUGAGAUCUCCACACAUGACGCAUGGCAGUGUGGGGAGUGUCGGAAGUUCAACUCUCCCCUGCAGCGAUACUGCAUGCGUUGCUGGGCCCUGCGCAAGGACUGGUAUAAAGACUGCCCCCGCCUGGUCCAUUCCAUCUCUGUCCCGGACAUCCCCGCCUGCAGCUCUCUCCCGCAGGGCCCUGAAGACGAAGACGAGGACGACGGCAUCGACGUGCCCGACUGCCUGAGGACCGUGUCUGAUCCCAUCAUCCUCCCCUCCCACAAGGCCAGCCGCAACCCACCCGUUUCCUCCACCAAGGGGAAGAACCCCUGCCGGCCCCUGCAGAGCUCCCAGGACAGCUCAGAGGGGGAGAGCCAGGACCUGCUGGACGGCGAGACGCAGUGCCGAAAGGAGGCGAUGCUGGAGCCGUGCAAGCUGUGCCGGGUCCGACCCCGCAACGGCAACAUCAUCCACGGCCGCACCGCCCACAUGAUCACCUGCUUCCCCUGCGCUCGCAAGCUGCACAAGUUCAACGCCCCCUGCCCGGGGUGUGGCCAGAUCAUCCAGAAAGUCAUUAAGAUCUUCGUAGCCUGACAAGUUUGGGCAGGGAGUUCGGUAAUGGUUUGUAUGUGAACCACACAUUCGCGUGUGCGCACUUGUGUACAGAGUGUACAGAGAUUCUAUCUAUGCUGUAAAUAUUUAAUAUCUGAGCAGUUGUGAAAAUCCUUAAAUCCUUGGGCCAAAAAAAAAAAAAAUGUGUUUAAAGGCAUGGUUAAUGCAAUGAAAUAACGAACCUAAAACAACUUUUAACGGCAGUUUAACGGCAGUUUUGUGUUCUAAAACAUGGAACUUUGCCUUAUUAUUGCUAUAUUUGGCAUUUAUAGUUGCAAGCACAGCAUGUAUAGCGAAGAAAAAGGUGCUUGUGUUCGUUGAAGGAGGUGCAGAGCUCCAGAACAUUUUGGGGAUGCACCAAUUAAUUUUUUUUCUUAAUAUGUUUUUUGUUUUCAUAUCAAAGAAAAAUAUGACACAGAUCCAAGAUGCUUGUGUUAGUUAGGGAUGCACCAAAAUAAAGAUAUUUUUUGAUUAAACUGAUUAAAAUUAAGCAUUUGGAUGAAGGCUGUAUACCUAUCACUUUUUUUUUUUUCUUUUUUUCUGUUAGGUUUCUUUAAUUUUGCCUUUUUUUUUUACAAUCGCAUAAGUAGUAUUGUAGCAAAAAUGUUUUUGUCUUGCUUUUUAAAGGAAAUACAAUUUAAAUGAAGCAUUUUCGGCUUAAUAUUUUCAUGGACAAAUAUUCGGUGCAUCCCUAACUCAUAUACAGGUUGGUACUACUUGAUUACUUGAAGUCUCAAGACAUGAGCUGUUGAUCACCAUGAAAAGAAAAGGCUAAAACAUGCUUUUUAAUUUUGUUUUGGUUGCAUGUUUGCAAGAGCUUAACCAGCGUUAGAUUUCCAAAUUCCUUUUCCAGAGUACAGGCAGUUCUGAGCUCUUCACACUAUUGGGGAAACAGUGUUCAUGUGAAAUGGAGGGAUCUUAGGUGAUUGCAGUAACUAAUUGUGUAUAAUUUAUUUAUUUAUUAACCUAGUUUACCAGUUCAGGGGAUUGUUCGGUUUGUGUUAACCAGAUCAGCACAUUAUAAGGUUAUAAGGCUGGACCACCAUUAUGUUUGGUAUGUUUUUACAGAGGGUAGUCAUAAGUUGUCGUUCAUUUAUAGACUCUUGCUGUGUUCCAAAACCUAGGCCGGGUCGAGGUAGGGCAGGUCCUUGGUAAGGCCGUCCUAAUGUGUCUUAUUGGUCACACGUGGAACAGUCUAAAAGCACUUCAUGGUGACAUCACAAGAAAGGCCAGGUGUGUUACAGUCGUGGUGCAAAAGUAGUAUGCUUUAGAUUUUCAUCUAGCGUUCAUAUAGCAUUGACACUUGUAGCUAACUGAUUAUAAGCUGGAAGGAUACAUCAGUAGCGCCAUAAAAGGUGCACAGAAUAUUGGCUGCAUGCACAGUAGGUCUGUACGAUAAGUUAUUAUUUAUAUCGGUAUUGUAAUGUGAGUUUAAGCUCAUCAAAAUAGCUGUGAUAACACCUUAAAAAGCAGCUCACUCAAAUCACAUUACCUAUCUUCAGCGAAAGAGGGAGAGCGCUUCACCCUGCAGACUAUGUUCAUUAACUUGACAUAAGCUCUGGAAAAAAGUUAAGAGACCACUUCAGUUUCUGAAUCAGUUUCUCUGAUUUUGCUAUUUAUAGGUAUAUGUUUGAGUAAAAUGAACAUUGUUUUGUUCUAUAAACUACAGGCAACAUUUCUCCCAAAUUCCAAAUAAGAAUAUUGUCAUUUAGAGCAUUUUUUUUUUUGCAGAAAAUGAGAAAUAGAUGAAAUAACUACAACGCACUAAAACACUAAAUGCAGAGCUUUCAGACCUCAAAUAAUGCAAAGAAAACAAGUUCAUAUUCCUAAAGUUUUCAGAGUUCAGAAAUCAAUAUUUGGUGGAAUAACCCUGUUUUUAAUCACAGUUUUCAUGCAUCUUGGCAUGUUCUCCUCCGCCAGUCUUACACACUGCUUUUGGAUAACUUUAUGCCUGCACUCCUGGUGCAAAAAUUCAUUCAAGCAGUUCAGUUUGGUUUGAUGGCUUGUGAUCAUCCAUCUUUCUCUUGAUUAUAUUCCAGAGGAUUUCAAUUUGGUAAAAUCAAGGAAACUCAUCAUGAAGUGGUUUCUUUUCUUUUUUUUCAGAGCUGUAUAUCAGAGGUUUUUACACUGUGUCCCUAAUACACAGAACUCUUAAUUAUGAAUCUGCUUUCUCUGACCUUACAGCCUAUCUCAUCUGCAGCCUAGAUUAGAUUUAGUUUUGGGAUGCAGCUACAGUCUAACUGGUGCGUACACUGUUUGUAAAAUGUGGAAAGUAGCACUUCAUACAGCUUACUGUCUCUAAAAGUCUAUAACUUCUCAAUGUCUGUGAUCAUCUUACAUGAACCAGUGGUAUUAUUAAUGUUAAUGUUGUUAUUAUUAUUAUUAUUAUUAUAUAUGUGGACUGUAACACCUCUACAGGCUACAGCCUGCACUCAAAAGUGCCGGGAUGAGAUGAGUGGCGCAUGCCUACUUUGCCAGAUUUCUGCACUUUUCAGAUUGAACAGGCCGAGAGCUGCCGUGUGGUUAUUGAUGUUCCUCUGCUGCUUCACUGCUCACUUCCUUUUAGCCAUCGCCAUCUUUUCAGCUCCAGUACUGGGUGGGCCUGAGCACCACUGAGGCGUGAACGUGGUGCACAGGAGCCAUCGGACUCAAUUUGGGUCUACCCUGCCUUUCCUUUAGCUGUUAUUAUUAUUACUCUGUGCCUUUCGCUAUAGCUCUUCCUCAAUGUUGAAUUCCUCUUUUUUCUAUUUCAUGGUAUUCCACUUGUUACAGUCUCGAUUAUAAAAUGUUGUGUGACGUUUUUUUUUUAGCUAUAUAGAUGAUUUACGACUGUAAUUAUAAGCAAGCUUUUUGGAGAAAAACUAGGGUGGCUAGGUUCAGACUGCCCGUUUAAAUCCAAAUUACGCACCUUGAUCUAGAUUGUGCCCACAUUUUUUAAUUUUAAUUAUUAUUAUUUUUUGAUGGUUUGGACAGCCAGAAACCACAUCAAAUCCAAUAUGGCUGCACCUCAGUCCAGAAGACACCAACCUUGAUAUCACAACAGCCCAUGCAGACACAUUUCGCUUGUGAUGUCCAGGCAAAUCCUAUCUGACCAAUUGCUAGUAACAGUGUAGACUGCCAUCUCAAUAGAUCUGAUUUAAGAAACCAGGAUCCAAUUUGGUUUCACUCUUAACACAGCCUCAAAUGUGUAGGGUAGGGUACCAUAAGGACCAGAUUUAAGAAACACUGGAAAAUGGAGUUAAAAUAAAUAUAAAUAAGAUAUUUUGUUUAAAUAACUUAGUUAGUUAGUCAGUUUAAACACAAGAUCUUCCAAUUUAAAGUUAUGCCACAAAUAAUGUUUGCAAAUAUUCUUUUCACAUUUGAAUACAUUUGAUUUGAGACUAAUCUGAUGCUGCUGUUGUGUAGAAAAACAGGUACCACUUUAAAAUAAGACUACCUGUAUAAAGGGGUUUUAAAUGGUUUACAAUUAGUUUAUUAUUGGUUACUAAUUAGGUUGUAAAUGCCUCAAAAAUCAGUAAUAAUCAGUUACAACACAUACAUAGAAAGGGCAACAAUAUAGAUGACUAAGUUCACUAUUUGACCAAACAACAGGUCAUUGUUGCCCUUUCUACGUAUGCGUUAUAACUGAUUAUUAAUGCAUUAAGGCAUUUACAACCUAACUAGAAACCAUUAAUAAACUAAUUGUAAACCAUUUAUAACCCCUUCAUAGAGGUAGUCUUAUUUUAAAGUGGUACCGUGAAAAACAUAUAAAAAAGACAAAAUAACAUUUCAGCACUUCUUCAUUUGGUUCUAAUUGUUAAGUUUAUGCGUGUUUUACGCCAGCUGAUCCUUGCAGUUUGUGUUCUCAGUUCUUAAACGGAUCCGUCGCUACGAUUGCUUGUUCGCCCAUCUGUUGCUCCACUUGUUCUCUGUUUGCCGUUUAUUUAAAACUGCCUAAUUUGUGUGCUCUGCCUCUUCAGAACUCUUCAUUUUAAUUGCUCAGCACGAUCGUCCUCGAUGGCAAAAGCAGAGUAAUGGAGGACUGUGUGCAGAUAUCCCCAGUAUAACCAUCGGGGUUAAACUGUACUUUUCUCUAUGUGUGUAAAUGAGAAAUACAACGCCAGUACUUAACACUUUAUAUUAAUAACUGUGGAAGUGUAGACUGAUUUCAUCUCUAGUUAUAAGUAUGAGAGUGAGAGUGUGUGUGAAUGAGAGAUAUGAGAUAUGUAGUGUGACAUGCAAAAGUUUGGAAAUUUCUUUUAACUGUGAAUAGUGAAGUGACUAAUGGAAGAAGUCUAAAUCUGCUAAAUCAUUUUGAUUGUCUUUAUCAGUCAAAUAUAUAUAUUUUUUUGCCUUUCUUGCAAUGUGUUAGCGUUUGUUAGGAUGCUCUUACACCGACCUUAUUUGCUUCAGACUCCAAACUAAACGAGUAGUAGUAGCAGUGUGCAUCAACUAACCCACAAUUCUAUUUGUUUGCAGUGUGAAAAUUUCAAAAUAACUUUUAGAUCAAUUAUAGGAAGUCAAGGCACGGUAUUGUCACAUGUUAAACAAUAGACGAAGAAAAAGAAGCAGUGUUGUGCUGAAAUCUGACUCCUCUUGCUGUGCAGGCACGUCUCACAGCAGUAUGGGUACAGCAGGUUUUGCUGAUAUGCUGUAUCUUCUGUAACUGUAGAUUAACUAUUUUUUAUAAUAAGUUAAAGAUUUCACACUGUAAACAAACCGAACCAUAGUUUAGUUGAUUCUGAUCUGAGCCACUCUUUUGAUACCUUGUUCCGUGGCACUUUCUACAUUUGCCUUUUUUUUUUCUUUAGGAACAAACGUAAAAAGUUUGAAGGUCCAGACCAAACAAGGUUGAGAAUCAAAUCUCUGUAAGUCUAAAAAUUUGUACUGAAGAGGAAAGACUCGAUCUUUAUCUUGAUUUUUUAUAUAUAUAUAUAUAUAUAUUCUUACUGAACUAUUCACAGAAAUUACCAGAAAUGCAGCCAAACUUUGUAUGCCACUGUAUUGUGGAGGUCUAAAGGCUAUAUUAGCUAUAUAAUAACCUCCUAUUUGAGUCCUCAAUUUUGAAUCCUGUAAUGGCAAAAAAAAAAAAGAAAAUCUUGCAUGGGUGCGACUGCUGUAUUUACCCUGUGAUACGCCGUAUGGUAUUCAACAUUUAAGCGGACUUGUUUGUGCUAAAGUCACUGCCAUAAUUAUUGAAGUUUAUAUUUGUACAUUUUGUUGGUUUUCCUCAGAGCCGAGUUCUGCUGCAGACUUUGGUUCCUGCUUAUGAGCAGCGUUUGUGUAUUUUUAGUUAAAAAUAAAUAGUGCAACCUUAAAAUAAAUACAAUGUCUGUUGUC